AUGUCAGCGGCAAUUAGUGAAGGCGUUGGAAAAGUUCGUCGACCGGAACUUUCACAUAAAAUUGACAUUGAAGUUAGUGUUAAUGAUGCUAUAUUACUUGCGUCUGAUGAGGGUGUCUUAACAGCACUUGACGAUCGAACGUUACGUAUAUGGUUACGACGACAAUCAGGAAAAUAUUGGCCAUCUGUUUGUUAUACAUUAGAAAGUGCACCAUCAGCACUCUAUUAUCAUGAAGCAUCACGUCGUUUAUUCUGUGGAUGUGAUUCUGGUCUUCUUCAUGAAUUUUCUGUUGCUGAAGAUUAUAAUAAAAUUACAUUAGUAUGUACUUAUUUAGGCCAUCAAACUCGUAUACAUGCCGUCUAUUUUUCACCUAUUAAUGACUUAUUAUUAAGUGUAUGUCGUGAAAAAAAAUUUAAUUGGUAUUCAACAAAAUCAUCCGAUGAAAAUCAUCAAUAUAUACUUGGAAGUUAUACAUUAGCAUCAUGGGGUAUGUCAAUAACAAUGGAUGAAUUAUCUCGACAAUGUUUUGUUGGUGAUUCAAAUGGAACAAUUUAUUUUCUUAAACUCGAUGCUGAUAAUAAAUAUCAAUCACAUACAACCUUGAAAGGUCAUACAGGAAGUGUUCAAAAUUUAUUAUGGGAUCCUGAUGCUGCUUGGUUAUUUUCGGGUAGUUUUGAUACAUCAGUUGUAGUCUGGGAUGUUGGAGCAAAUCAAGGUCUUGCUGUUGAAUUAAAUGGUCAUUCCGAUCGUCUUGUUGGAAUAUCAUAUGAUAAGUCAUGUAAAAUUUUACUAACAUGUUCAGCUGAUGGUCAUAUUGGUGUAUGGCCAAUGAAUGUUAAACGUAAUGAAACACCAAAAUGGGUUGAAAGUGAUUCUUGUCAGAUAUGUCAUUUACCAUUUUUUUGGAAUAUACAUGCUAUGUGGGUACAAAAACAGAUUGGAUUAAGACAGCAUCAUUGUCGAAAAUGUGGUCAUGCUGUUUGUGAUAAAUGUUCACAAACACGUACAGCUCUUCCAUUAUUGGGUUAUGAAACGGUUCAACGUGUUUGUAAUGAUUGUGUACGCACAUUAAGAAAUGAUGAAACAAUACCACUUGCUUCAUUUUAUGAUGCACGUCAAGGUACUAUUAAAAUGGAUUAUAAUCAAGUGAAAAAAAUUAUGAUGACUAUUGGAACUGAUCGAACAAUCAAAAUUUGGGAUAUGUCGUCAGUUGUGUGA